GUACCUAAAUAUUCCAUUAAUUAACCAACUGCAUUUUUACGAAACUGAAAAUGCUGUCCACAAUACCAAAGAACGUUAUGGUGGCGCCCUGAUGGGCGCAUGGCGGUUCUUGGAUAGCUUUCAGUUGCAUUUACCUUUUCAUCUUUGUAAAAAUCAUCUCAAAAACCAUCAUGCAUUCCUCCUAGGUAUGUUGCACCUGCGUGAGAAAAGGCGCUAUCCUAUUGCAAAAUGAUUCGAAUAUCAGCAUUAAAUGACCACGAAAGUGGCGACUCGGAUGACUCGUCCGAUGACAUUCUUUCAAUUACAAAAGAGGCUCAGGAAUCCGAAGCUUACACUGUCUACAAUCAAGCUCUUAACCUUCAAAUAGAAGGGGAUUUUGAUAAAGCAGAAGAAACCUUUGAGGACCUCUUAGAACAAGACUUUCUGUUGGAGGCAAACAGGAUAGUAGAUGAAGAGGGUGAUAAUCCUGUUCACCCUGGGCUUCAGAUGCUUUAUUCAACCUACAAAAACUUAGCUGCCAUGGCUCACAGACGCAAUGAUACUCACAGAGCUAUCCAAUAUUUUUUGAAGGCUGUCACAAUUGAUGAAACUGAAGUAACAGUUUGGUAUAAAAUCGGCCUCAUUGCUCUUGAAAUUCAUAACUAUCAACUGGCAGCUUACUCUUUUCAGCAGGGUCUUAAUUGCAACAAAAACCAUUGGCCAUGUAUGGACCACCUGAUCACAGCCCUCUAUGUAUUGAAUGAUUAUUGGACUUGUCUGAAAUAUAUUGGGUCUGCUCUUGAGAAAGAUGCAGAAUACAUGAAAGCAAUUUCUUUUCGAGAUCAGAUAUUUUCAGAACAACCUUCUUUGCGAACGGAGUCCAAGAUGUUCUUUGCCAACUGUGAUCCUGUGGUGCUGAUGACUCAUGCUGACAAAGAAGAGAAGAAUGAGUACAUAAACGAAGCUCUGGAAAUGAGGAAGAUUCGUCGGGAAUUGGCUUAUGUUCCACCACCAUCUCCACUCACUCUCCCAAAACCUAUUCUAGAAUAUAGUUGGAAAUGUGUUGGGGAAUGUCUUUUAGCUUUGUAUGAUGAAAUAGUCCACAGUGAACCACGAAAGAGUAUGGGUCUUCGUAUAGAUUUGACGCCCUAUGUCAAAACCCCUAAACCUGCAAACGACAAAAAUGUUGUUGAGGCACACGAGUCUAAAGUUCACAGUCCGAGUUCAAACCAAGAGGCACAGAUGACUUCAGAUGCUGGAGAGGGUGCAGCAGUGGCACCAUCGUCUGAAGUUGCUGAAACGGCAGGGAAUAGUGGCACAUCCUCCUCUCCUACUGUACAGAUGUCAUCUCCGAAUCCGUCAGGAGCAAACAAUACUCCUGAAGUUACAACGGCUAUGGAAGUUGAUGAAGCUGGGUCACGUAAGGUUCAGAAGCGGAAACGAAAUACUGUUGUCGAAGAAGUGGCGUGUAAAAGACGUUCAGCUCGUGUGCGUAAUACCACCAGAAAAAAACAAGAGGAAAACGUAGAUCUUGAAGACUUGCUCCUGAAAUUUUUGCCAUCCAGUUUAUUAGAAGCACGAGAGGAAGAUGAUACCAAAGCAAAAGAACAAAGUAGUCCUCAAGGUGUUUCAUCUGCUGCUGGUAGCAGUGAAUCAUCUACCCCACUGGUUUUUGAGACCGAGGAGCAGCUUGUAAAGAAAUUUUUGGAAGAUUGUUUGGAAAAUGGUGGAAUCAUUGAUCUCAUGGGUACAUAUUUAGUUCAAUUAGCAGAUGUAGGACAUUUAAAAUGGUCUGAUGAAUUAGUAGACAUAUUCUUAAAAGUAUAUUCUGCUGUAAGGAAACACUUGAAAUUACCUUCUUAUUUAUGCCCUGAAGAACCCGAGGACUAUGUUCUAGAAAUGGGCAAAAUGGUGCUUGUAUGGGCUGAACUCAAGUUAGACCAAUGGCUGACGAAAAAAGCAAAGAUCAAAGCUCCUUUGAAUUCUUCAAAUAAAAAUAUGCAGCAUCAUUUUUCAUUGAACCAACUUGAAAAUGGAUUUCCUGGAAAAUUCUUUAUUGAAGAUGUUUGGCAUAUUUUGGGACUUAUUGGUUAUACCAAUAUAUUAAAAGAAUUUUGGGUUGAGUACAGCAUUCGAGCAUUUUGGCUGAAAGCAAGGUUCUGUACCCUCCUGGGAGAAAUAGAUGAAGCAUUUGACUAUUUUGAUAAGGUAUUGCAGUACCUAGCAUACGCUGAAGAGAAUAUAUCUUUAUCCAGUGUCCAUUUACCCAACUGCCACAUGGAUGAAGUCAUUUCAGCAGAGAAAGUCAAGAAACAACAAGAUUUAUUGAAGCGUUGCCAGUCCCUUGAGAAAACCCAGAAACUAUAUGAGUGUGAAGAAUAUGCUGAAGUCGUAGAUCUGUUGAAGUUAACAUUCUCAGAUCCUCUUGACAAACCCAAAAGAAAUGUACUUGUUACAACUUCUGCUGAACUUUUAGAGGCAGGUAUAGCAAUUCCUGACAGACGAGCUCAGUUACAGCUGAUGAUGGAUUCUUUAUCAAAAUUAAAUAACCCUCAGAAAUAUGUUUUGUGGGGUGAAGUUAUAUUUAACGAGAGUCUGCAGAUGUACAGAGAAAGCAAUUCUCACACCGUUAAAGAUGACUGGAUUGCUUUUAUGAUUCAGCUUUUUGCUGGAAUGGAUGAAGCUAUCCUAAAUGAACCAUCAAGCAUAAAAGAACUAACUCCAGCCUGUACUCUACGGAUUGCUAAAAAUUUAAUUAGAGUGAUUUCAGAUUCUGUCGAUGUACCAGAGUACGCUACUGAUAUGCCUAUUCCUACUGUUUUACCGUGGAAAUUGCUGUAUCACAUUAUCAGAAAUGAAGAAUCUAAACUCCACUCGACUCAAGCAGCGAAUAAAUCUGAAAGUGAACUCUUAGAUAAUUCUCUGAGCUCAUCACUAAUGUUGCUGAAUGUGGCACAUGAUUACCUGGGCAGACAUUCCUGGUGCACGAGAUCAGAUGGAGAACUUUUAGUAUUUUUUAUGUCCGUUAUCAAAGAGGAAAGAGCUCAUUAUCCCGAAGAUGCAAAGCAUGCGUUCAAAGAUGAACUUGACCAAGCCUUUGAGCAAUGUAUUUAUUGUUUGUAUGGACAUCCAACUAAAAAAGGCAAAUCCAAGUAUCUUCAAGACCACAAUGCAUUACAGAUUAAUCUGAACUGGGAAAUGUCUCAAGUAUUGUUCGAUUACUUUAAACCUAAGACCGUGCCAGAAUUUGACAGUUACAAGACUAGCACUGUAUCAGGAGAGCUGGAGAAUUUAGCCCGAAGAAUCACUUUGUUGGUACCAAAGGAAAAGAAUCCAGCUAAUACAUACGAGUCUGUCCUCGCCUACAUUGAAGGACAGCACAACGAUCCACCAUUUAUACCUCCUGAUAAACCUGUCACAACUGCUAUUGUCAAAGAGCUGUUUUACCUACUGGCGGAUUAUUAUUUCAAGAACAAAGAGCAAGUGAAAGCAAUUAAGUUCUACAUGUUGGAUAUUUGUGUGAAUCCUAAUCGACUAGACUCUUGGGCCGGAAUGAGCCUUGCACGUAUGAGUCGGUUAGAGCAAAAGUUGAAUUCGACUGAACUUCGAAUGGACCAGGCAAUUUACAAACAAGCCAUCGCAUCGCUACGCUGCUUCACGCGGGCCGUGGAGAUUGACAGCAACAAUGCCAAACUAUGGAUAGAGUACGGCUCGCUUGCCUACCAGCUGCACUCUCAUGCUGCUCGACAGCUCAAAUUGAUGCAUUGGUUCCCACUCAAUGAUGAGAUGUACCAGAUAGCAACAGCUAGCAACAAGGAAAUGCUGCUGAUUGCGGCCAACUGUUAUAAAAAAGCUAGUGAGUGUGAAAUGGAGGGAGGUCAUAGUGAAGAGUGGUUGUAUUACUACAUGAUGGGUAAAGUGUGUGAAAAGAUGAGAAAACCUGCCCAUGAGUACCUGGAACACUAUAAAGAGGCUGCUCAUCACCUUCAUGAAGAUUUUGCUGCAUAUCCUAAGAAGAUAAAUUAUGUGGUUAGCCCACCUCAUCUAGCUGUGGAAUCACUUGAAUUAUUCUAUCGACAACAUGUUGCCAUAUUAAAAGAACUGCUUUUCAAGAGCGCUGAAGAACUUGAUUUAGAUUAUUUUGAACAAUACAUGAUAGAGGUUGCCAAUGGACCAUUUGCUAAUCAAAGAGAGAAAAGACAUCAGCGUCGAGAAAACAAAGACUCGAAUACAAAUAAUGAAGAAAGUUCUUGUCAAACGCAGUCUUUGUCCAACAACACAAAUAGUACUACACGUGGAGCAGCCAAUCCUGGGACUUGCCCGUCUUCAAUUGGAAGCUCUACGGUCUCAACCAAUGUUGGAGCAGUUACAACUUCUUCUACGUCGUCGUCACGUUCAAACCAAGACCAUAAUUAUUUCCGACAGAAAAGCAACGAUAGUUCAAGUCUUUCCGCUUUGUCUGACGAGUUGGGAAAUACAUCAAACAAAGUUAAGAUGGUUGAAAGCCUACCCACAAAAACUUCUCCAAAGAUUAGCCAAGCAAAAUCCGAUUGUAAAAGCACCUUAUCAUCAGUGGCACCAAAAGAGGUUGCUACUAUCAAAGAUUUGGACCUGCCCCCUCGUUUAUCAAAAGUAGAUCUCAGUCAGCCCAUAUUUGGUCUUGAGGACCAGUUUACCACAACGAUAGGUGAAGAUUAUUUAGAUGCUGCUAUAGAUACUGAUGCAAUGACAAGUCAAGCGCUUGAUUCUCUUAAUGCACUUUUAGAAGCUGAAAACUUUGAUAAACCCAACGAUCCACUCAGAAUUGAUUUUGACCCUGUUGGCCACUCGGAAGGAGAACAGCCGAGCAAGGAGUCAUCAGAUGUUUGUCAAAAUAAUUCUAACAAACUAGCUAGCUCUGGUGCUGAGUUACCUCAUAAUGUGUCUUCUGAGAACAGCUCAGUGAACAUCAACUCUAAACACAGUGACGUAUCAAAACAAGAGACUGGUAAAUCAUUGUGUUCAGGGGAUGGUCACAGUGAAGUUGGUACCAAGACCGGUACCGAAACAUCAUCAGCCAAUAACUCAGAUCAUGGACCUGUUGAUGAUAAGAGAUCUAAAACUGAAAAACACAAAAAACUGUUAAACAUGGUCAUUUCAGCCUUACACAUCUGCCUCACUCGCUUCCCUACACAUUAUAAAGCUCUCUAUAGACUUGCUCAUCUUCACUUCUACUCACCAUUUAACAAGAAUAUUAACUACACACGUGAUAUCUUGCUUGGGGUUCCAUCUUGGACCCAACUUGAUCACCUACCUGCUCCAGGUCUUUUUACAGAUCGCAAACAUUCCAACUUUUUCCAGGGUGUGUGGCGUAUUCCAGUUGAAGAGGUAGACCGUUCUGGUAGUUUCGCUUCACACAUGAACCGUUCUGUCAAGUUGCUGUUGGAAGUUCUGCGAGUUCAGUGUGAUAACUCGAUGCUCUUCCAGCUUCACAUUCAGUUAAAUCGCACACCGGAUGCUGGCAGGAAAUACCUCCGUGAUGCUGAGCGUGUCUGUUUGUCCCAGUUGGCCUAUGAGUAUGCUCUUGACACUGUAGAAUUACAACUAGAAGAUGUGCUGGAGAGCGAUACUGAACGGCAGAUUAAAUUUCUCUUGGAAGUCUACAAAAUUUGGUGUCAUGGCGUCAAUAAAGUAUACUUGCAUGUGGAGAGAACUAACGAUAUUUUCCUUGAUGUGUUCCGUGUCAUUAUGAAGAAUGCGAUCCCAAUCAAAUCAACCACUGUCGAACAAUUAGAACAGGCCAUCAGGUUUUGUCAGCAACAGUUGUCAUUCAACAAACUAAACCCAAUAACAUACCAACCCUCACUGAUUCUGAAUGAUUAUCAACGGCAGCAUAGCCAUCACCAUCAGAUGGCCAGUGGUGGUGGUCAGAUGGUGGCCGGCUCCUCUUCCUCCUCCUCAUCGUCUGGACACUCUCCCGGCAUACCGAACAUUGGCCUAAACAAAAUGGCAGUGAACAGCGGCAGUGGACUGAGCAGUGGUCACAGUAAGGCAUGUGAUGUGGUCAUAGUGUCCGAGUAUGGUACUAUGCAGACCCACCAUCGAAACCGUCAACUAGAGCCUGGGGAAAUUUUGGGCUGCCAUCAUCCCACCACUGUCACUAUGACUAAUGAUGACAAACUCUCGAUUUCACCACCAGAGAAACUCACCUCUGAUGUUCAGGCUAAAAUGUCUUCUGUGGAACCAAUAGAUCUGACAGGCGGAAGCAGGGAUCUGAUAGCCAUUUCAAACAGUGGACCCCUGUCCAGAACAUUGUCUACGCCUGCCAUGUUGGGCAUGGCUGGGCCACCAUUGGGAGGGGACCCUACAGGAGCAGAUAUGUCUGGGCUGGACCCUCGCAAACUCAUCAAACCUUGUACAGUGAAAUUGGCAGCCAUACCCCGUAGUCUGAUGCACUCCAACAGUCUGACCAUCAAACCAUCACCCUCGACAGAAGACAUCAAGCAAAGACUAAAGACUGUCUUGCUGAACCAAUCUCGGCAGUCUUUCGACGGCCGACUUCACCAAUCCGCUUCGGAACCCUCUUCACCCUCAACACAUGCACCCGAUACUUUGAUGACCCACAGUCAUUAAGUUUUGUAUAUACAUCUUCUCUUUUUUUUUUUUUUAAUUUUUUUUUUACCAGCUGAUAAACGAAAUAAAAUAUGAAUUUUUACCUCAAGAAUUCUUUUACUGUGUGUGUAUGUGUACCUGAAAUAUGUUAGAUAUAUGUCAAACCUUUUUAUAAAUUAUUCUGUUCAACAGACAGCUAUAUAGAAAUUUUCUAUACUUCAUAUGCUUCUCUUUCUACAGACACAUGUUAUGGAUUUAUUGGAUUUUUUUUUUUUAUAUAAAUAAUUACAGUUAAUUAAUGACAUUGACGUUCGUUACAGUUUUCAGAAAAUAAAUUAUUUUGGAUAUGUGAACUUUGUCAGCAGUAACUUUGGUACAUUCAAGUUGUCGUUAGGAACCCAAUGAAAUUAUUACCUAAUUAACAUAGCAAUAAUCCUUAACCGUUUACUAAACUAGAAAUAAUUUUAUUCUAAUAAAGUUGAUUCUUUGUUUUAUCAACUGUAACUUAUGUACAUUGGGGCAAUCCUUUAGGAUUCAUUCACAAUGCCACAAUUCUUUUGCUUUGAACCAAAUCACUUCCAUCAGCUUCACAUUCCAUACUUCAAACUCCAUCCAUCAUUAAGCAUCCUGUUUUCUGUUUAUAAAUUCUCUUAAAAUGCCUUAACUUUUGAAAUAUCUUUCCAAAAUUUCACACCAUGUUGACUAACAUUUUAGUUUUUAAACCAAAUAACACUAUUUAUUUAUUUAUUUAUUUAUCUUAAUCAUUUUUUUUUUAUCAAAGUGUUUAAGUUUAUGCUUUUGAAGUGAUGAAAUAUUUAGAAAUUAAGCACCUAUUGUUUGUCUUUCUUCUGUUAAAUCGUGUUGCUAAUAUUCUAAAUAUUUUACUUAAGUCUUUUGUUAUCACUGAUGGCAGACUGUUCACUCAUACAGUUUAGUUUUGCGAACUCUUUCUUUCAGAAAAAAAAAAGCAUUUUAGUGAGUAUUCCUUAUUUUGAUAUUGGAAAAUUGAACAAAUAAACAUAAGGGGGAAAGAGAAAAAGGGUAGAAAUAGACCAAAUUUUUAUGGCUAAAUUUGCCUAUAGAAUUUUAAAUUCUUUUCAAAAUUUAAUGAAAAAAUUGAAAAAAAAUUAGAUGAUUUUAUAAAAUGCUUAUAUUUAAUUUAUAUGAAUAUAAAUUAUAUAUAAUGCAAACAUUACAUACUUGUUAACAAAUUAUGCGACAUUGAAAUAAUUUUAAAUUAUUAAAUUUAUUUCUCAUUAUUUUUAUAAUUAUGGUUUAUAAUUAUCUAAUAUAGCAAUAUCUAGCUUUGGAACAUUUUCUCAAAAUGUUUCUGUGGAACAUUUUCUUAAGCAAGAAAAAACUUAGAAAAUAAAUUAGCAAAUUACAUAACUUGCCAGAUUUUAAUCCCAAAGAUUAUAAGGGCUCUGAGAUUAAAGCAGGGAGAUAUUACAUGAAAGUUCAUGGUCCAGGCACUAACUAUAGAUAUUGUGUUGCAAACCUGAGAAAACUGUAGGUUUUCUAAGCUUCUACUGUUACUCAUAGUUCAAUGGUUGGUAGUUGAGUAUAGGGCAUCUAGUUACUAAAACAACCUUUGUUUCAAUAUUUUGUUUAAUGUCUAAAUUUGUAAUAAAAAAAAAAAAGGGAAAAGAAAAAAAAGAAAGCCUUCCACUCUUGCUAGCAUGGGGAUAAUGAGUGUAAGAUGGAAAAAGACAAAAAAAAAAAAAAUCUAACGGUGACUUCAUAAUGUUUCUACUCAUACUUAAAAAUAUCUUUCAGAUGAAAAAUGUCCACAAGAAUUUUUAUUAUUAUUGAGACUGCUUAAAGUAUAAAGUAACCAUUAUAAAUGAGAAAACGGUGGACUGGUGACACAAAUGAAAUCUUCGGUACUAUUACAUUUCAUUUGAAAUGAUUUUGCUCUCUCUCUUUCGGGGAAAUCGUAAGCUUUACAAAUACCAGUUUCCUCUGUCGUCCCAAUCAUUAUAAUUUUCAAAAAUUGUUUAACCUAUUUCUCAUUAUUCAAAUAAAAGUCAAAAUCCUGA